CCGCACCAGAGGGGGCCCCGAUCCGGAGCUGAGCGAGUCGAGCGCUCCCGCAUCGCCCCGUCCUCCCGACCUCGACCCCAGCCCGGCCUACCCCGCCAGACCCCUAGGCCCAAGCUUUCCCUUUUCUUUGGCGGCGCCGGGGCGGCUGGGGGUGCGAGCCGACUGCGGCGCUGGGCGCGAUGGACCCGUUCACCGAGAAACUCCUCGAACGAACUCGCGCCAGACGAGAGAACCUUCAGAAAAAGAUGGCUGAGCGGCCUAAGGCAGCGGGUCGGGCCACAGCCCAGACCAAGAGACCUCGGGAGCCACUGGCAGAAACCAACAACCACCUGCCACCCCAAGAGGGGGAAGAAAGAACUUGUACCAAGCCGUCGCCCUCCAAGAGGCCCUGCUCAGACCACCACGCACAAGUACCGGCUUCUAACCUGGAGAAUGAGCAGCCGGUGGAGUCACCACCAUCCACAGGCUCUCGCUCUCCGAAAUACCUUUCUUCUCACAGCGUGGCCCAGCCUGCCUUACCGCCCGUGGCUGCUGAGCCCCCGGCGGAGCUGGGACCGCUGCUGGGGGAGGCGGAAGUGCCGACCGCCAAACCUGAAGUGCCUGCCGCCGCCUCUGUGAAGACGCGCAUGCAGAAGCUGGCGCAGCAGCGUCGCGGGUGGGACAGUGACGACGGCGCCCUCGAGCACCCCUGCCCCCUCGAGCACCCUUGCCCCGGCCCUGCAGUCGAACGGGCCGUGGCUCCCCCGGCCCCAGGUCCCAGCGCAGACGCGGCUGCCCCGAUCGGGAGACGGGGCCGCCUGGCCGACCUUGCUGCUACCAUUUGUUCCUGGGAAGAUGACCUCAGCCGUCCAUCUGCAAAGCCCAGCCGUGGCCAAGAGCAGCCUGGCACGGCUUGUUUGUCCCCACCGUCCUCCUCCACGGCAGCAUCUGCUCGCAUCAAUAGCGGCUCUGUUGGCCAGAGAACUCCCGGCUGCUCCCGCCUGGAGCUGGGGGCCUCGGCGGCUGGCUCGGCAGCCGCCUCAAGGGAGGCCUCUCAUAGUCGUGGGGCGGCAGCGACGGUGGUGGCUAGCAGCAGCCCUCAGAAAGUUGCUUCUUCCCCGGUGAAGUCCUGCACGGCCCCCACGAGUAGCCCCUCCCGGGGGAAGGGGAAGGAUCCAGAGCCACUUUCCCCCGCACAUCCUUCCAGCCCGACUCUGCAGAGCGAGCUCGUGAAGCCUAGCCUCAGGAACACUUCAUCCCAGCCGGGACAGUGCAGGGGAGCCCGGGGGCCGCCCCCGAAAGAGCAGGCGGUGACUCCAGGGGGGGCCGGCAUCAAACCUUUCCUGGAACGUUUUGGAGAACGCUGCCAGGAGCACAGCAGAGCCAGCCCCGCGGGGCCGACCGUGCCUCGAACUCCCCUCGUCACGCCCAACACAAAGGCCCUCCAGGAGAGGUUGUUCAAGCAGAGCUCAGCGCCGUCCUCCGUCACCCUCAGCCAGCAGCUCAAGCAGGAACGAGAGAAAGAACUUGCUUGUCUUCGUGGCCGUCUGGACAAGGGCAAUUUGUGGAUUUCAGAGCGAGGAGAAAACUCAAGGAGUAAAUGGACGGAGGCCAAAGAGGAAGCCCCCCGUCAGAAUGGUUCACCAGGAAACCGUCGGGCCGAUUGUGAGAAGGAGCCGGCCGCGGGACCGCAGACACCCGUAAAGCCUCCCGGCGUCCAGCCUGUGGGCAUUCCUGAAAACGAAAUGACCACAUCUAGCCCUUUGAAAAUCACUCUGUUCUUAGAGGAAAAGUCCCCCAAAGUCUCUCUGGACCCCAAGGUUGAGAAGCAGACAGAAGAGGUGCGUGAGGGAGAGAGCAGCUUGGGCGAUGAGGAGAUUCUCAACAGCUCCAGGGUCAUUAAUGACAUCUUCAGUGGCGUCUUGGAGGAGAACGACAUAGGCCUGGAGCCUUUGGAAAGUAGUGAGGACGCAGACAGCCCCGACGAGCCAGGGGAUGCCCUGAAUAUUUCCUCCAUGUCCUUACUGGCCCCGGUAGUAGAAACAGUGAACGUGAGAAGUCCCGAGGUGUUUGCUUCCUCUCCCAGUUUGGAAGUCAAAGAUAGCGGUGCAAGUGAUGAGAGCCCAAAGCCUGGGAAAUACCAGAGGACCCGGGUCCCGAGAGCUGAGUCUGAGGAUAGCAUCAGUUCGGGAGAGCGUGAGCUUCUCUAUAGCAUUGAUGCCUACCGGUCUCAGAGGUUCAAAGGGACGGAACGUCCCUCGAUAAAGCAGGUGAUUGUCCGCAGAGAAGACAUCUCCUCGAAACUGGAAGAGAGGAAGAACGAGCCCUCCCCCUUUCAAGUGAAUGCCAAACAGAAGAUACAGGAGCUGAACAACGAGAUCAAUUUGCAGCAGACGGUGAUCUACCAGGCCAGCCAGGCCCUGAACUGCUGUACCGACGGCGAGCACGGAAAGGGCUCCUUGGAAGAGGCGGAAGCUGAGAGGCUCCUCCUGAUUGCGACCGAGAAGAGGACAGCUCUGAUCGAAGAGCUAAACAAACUGAAGGCUGAGGGGCCUCAGCGACGGCCCAAAGCCAGCCCGACGUCUGGCGAGCUGGCCCCAUCGAGGGGUUCCAUCGCGCUCUCCGAGUUCCGGCUGCCUCUGAAAGCUGACUUUGUCUGUGACCCAGCUCAGAGAGCAGAAGCCACAAACUACUACUUGAUCAUGCUGAAAGCAGGGGCUGAGAACAUGGUUGCAACGCCACUGGCGAGCACUGCGGACUCUCUCGCUGGGGACGCUCUGACGUUCACCACCACGUUCACUCUGCAAGACGUGUCCAAUGACUUUGAAAUCAGUGUUGAAGUUUACAGCUUGGUCCAAAGGAAAGCUUGCUCUGGGCCCGACAAGAAGAGGAAGACAUCUAAGGCCAAGGCCAUCACUCCGAAGCGACUCUUGACCUCCAUCACCACCAAAAGCGGUCUCCAUUCGUCAGUGAUGGCGAGCCCAGGGGGUCUCCACGCCGUGCGCACCAGCAAUUUUGUACUCGUUGGGUCUCACACCCUCACACUGUCAUCCAUAGGAAGCACCAAAUUUGCUUUGGACAAGGUGCCUUUCUUGUGUCCUUUGGAGGGCCACAUUCACUUAAAAAUAAAGUGCCAGGUGAACUCCUUCGUGGAAGAAAAGGGAUUUCUGACCAUAUUUGAGGACGUCAGUGGCUUUGGAGCUUGGCACAGGCGCUGGUGUGUUCUUUCUGGAAACUGCAUCUCUUACUGGACCUACCCAGAUGAUGAGAAGCGAAAGACCCCCUUAGGGAGGAUAAACUUGGCCAAUUGUACCAGUCGUCAGAUUGAGCCAGCCAACCGAGAAUUCUGUGCCCGACGAAACACGUUUGAGUUAAUUACUGUCCGGCCACAAAGAGAAGAUGACAAAGAGACUCUGGUCAGUCAGUGCAGAGACACGCUCUGUGUCACUAAGAACUGGCUGUCAGCUGAUACUAAAGAAGAAAGGGACCUGUGGAUGCAGAAACUGAACCAGGUCCUGGUGGACAUCCGACUCUGGCAGCCUGAUGCCUGCUACAAGCCUGUGGGGAAGGCCUGAGCCCCUGUGGGAGGGCAGAUCGGGAGGGCUCUUGGCGCCAGCAGAGGCAGGCACUGACUUGGGUUUGGGGCACACGGGUCUCAACGUUUCUAUUGCUCUUCUCUGUGUGUGCAGACCUUUCACUACUAACCUCUCCUCUGGCGCCCAUGGACAGCAGGGCAGCCAGCCUGGCACAAGCUAUGCUGCCCCUUCUUUCUGAACCUCCCUGUCCUGGCCAGGCCUUGUGGCCCCUGUCCGUGUAUGAUGGGGUGAGGUGAGGGAGCCUCUGCUUGGCCUCCUGCCGUGGCCAGAGAGCAGGGAAGGGUGUUGGAGCAAGGCUUCGUUGGGCCAGGAUUUUACUACGGCUUUAGGACUUUUCCCUACAGAUACUUGACUCUCCUAGCACCACUUCCCUCACGGUGGGAGAACACUAUAGAAGGCGUGCUUACCGUCACUCGCUAUCACGGGCCAGCGGCCCUGGGCCAGGCUGCGGUCUUCUCACGUAGCUCACAGACUUUGCACACGCUCCUGUCCCCCCAACUGCCCCGAGAUGAAAGGCGUUGCAGAAAUUGCUGUGGAAUUGUGACAUAAAGGCAGUAACUUUUAUGAAGCUGCUAUGGACUAACACUUUCUUGCCAAAAGUCUUGUUUGUUCUGUGUCCAGAAAUGGCAAUGUCUACAUGCUACACUUACUCAUCAGGGAAGCCUCAGGCAUGUGCGCAGUUCCUAAAAACGAUCAAGCAGGGUCCGUCAGCUGGCCACCAUUUUAAGGAGCCUUGGAAUCUUUCCUCUGAAUCUUAAAGCUGUUGGUUCUCACUUAAAAACACUAAUUUCCGUCAUUGUUUUCUUGUUAUAUGCUAUUAUUUCUUUGGAAAUCUAGUUUUUCUCAAAUAUAUAUAUAUAUAUAUCUCCUAAAAAUAUAUUUUAUGUAUUUACCCAAAUAAA